GGUCGCUCAGUUUCAUGUUUGCAUGGACUUAGACCCUCAGUACUGACAACACAUCACAAAAAGGAUUAUAAUAUUCUCGCCAAGGUGUCUGGAGAAACAGCAGAAGAGAACCUGAAGGACAGUCAGAUCGCAAGCUCGUGAAGAAGCAUUGCAUGAGAACAUGAAUCCAACACAAGUCACUGCUGUGUCCCUGCUCUUACUUCUCCUGAGUACAGGGAUUCAGAGUUACCGGAUACAAAAGCGAGAGGAGCCACCUACUUAUUUAUCACAAGUGCAGAACGUGUUAAGCUCAUCUUUUGAACAGGCCAGUACCAAAGCUAAGGAACUAUUUGAUAAAGUAAGAAUUCCUGCUGUAGAGGAAAAAGUCAAGGAUGCUUAUGAGAAGACAUCAUCUUACGUGACUCCUUAUUUGAACAUUUUUUAUGACCAAGCAUACCACUGGCUUUAUGAAUAAGCAGCAUUGGCUGAUCAACAAUUCAAACUCUGUAAUCUUCAACGUCAUUUUCUCAAGGCUUCCUAGUGUAUUAAUAUCAAUCUUGGUGAAGUUCCAGCGCACACCUGUGCUUCAGAAUUCAACAGUUAAUACAAUUUUCUGUGACUGCAAGAACACUUUCCUGGAUUAAUUCCAAAUUAAAUAAAAUUAUCUUACAUUUUUUUGUGUAAA